AUGACGCUGAGAGAGUUGUCCCUGGCGAAGCAACACGAGCUUCGAGUGGAGGUGCUCCCAGAUAAGAAGUUGACCGUCGGCCUGCGAAGAGGCGAUGCUGAGAUCUUUGGGGCGCAGAUAGGGUUGGGAGAAAAGGUCACCAUUCAUGGACAGAAAAUUGCAAUCUUCACAUAUGGAGGCUGCCUCCUUGAGCUUGAUGGGGAUGCUGAGGUCAUGUACACAUCAGAGGAGACCCCCAUGGAGGCCUACAUCAAUGUGCACAACGUUUUCGAGAACCAGAGGACGAAGGCACAGAGCAAUGGGGGUCAAGGACCAAGGGUAAUGGUGGUGGGACCCACAGAUUCUGGAAAAAGCACGCUGUGCCGCAUACUGAUCAACUAUGCCUUGAGGCUGGGAUGGUCACCUACAUUUGUGGACCUUGACAUAGGACAAGGCAGCAUUGCCCCUCCUGGCACAAUUGCAGCCACUCCAGUCCAGCUCCCAGUGACGGUGGAGGAUGGCUACCCUCUUGAUGUUCCACUGGUUUUCUAUUUUGGGCACACCACUCCUGUCCAGAAUGCCAAUCUGUACAAAUUCCAGGUUGAGAGGAUGGCGACCCUGCUGGAUCGCAGAGCUAACAGGCAUCCUACGGUUGCUGCAUCUGGCAUGCUUGUGAACACGAUGGGCUGGGUGGAAGGACUGGGUUACGAACUAAUUUUACAUGCCAUUAAGGCCCUGAAGGUGGACAAUGUGUUGGUCGUUGGACAAGAGCGCCUCCACAGCCAACUGGAAAGUGACCUACGGCAGGCUCGCAACCCCCGGAUUCAGGUCCUCCGGUUGCCCAAGUCUGGCGGUGUUGUGACCCGCAGUCCAGAGACACGGAGGGCAGACCGUGCCAGCCGUGUUAGGGACUACUUUUAUGGUGUGCCACGGACCCUGAUGCCCCACUCCGAGACCAUCCAAUCCACAGAGUUGAACAUUUAUCGCGUUGGGGGAGGGCGGCAGGCGCAAUCGUCAAUCCGUCCUGCUGGAACCGCCUCUCUCAUGAACCCACUGAAGAUCACGCCUGUCAGAGUUGGGAACGAAAUAUCUAACUGUUUGCUGGGGGUAUCACAUGCACGGACAGCCGAGGAGAUACUGUCAGUCAGUGUGGCCGGAUUCAUUUUCAUUCAGAGAGUGGAUGUCCGGGAUGACGGGGAGGGGACGGUGACAUACUUGGCACCUGGCCCUGGGAGUCUGCCUGGAAGGUAUCUGCUUUUGGGGUCGAUUGAAAUUUUGAAUUUUACAUAG